AUGGACUUCUGGAGUCAUAUUUGUCAUUUUGUUCUCCCAGGUAAAGUCCAAGAGGAAAUUGCAAAAGAGAUUGGUGAUCGUGAGCCAAGGACUGACUUUCGAGCAAAAAUGCCUUAUACUGAUGCCGUAAUUCAUGAAGUUCAAAGGUUUGCUGACGUUGUCCCCACCAAUAUGCCCCAUGCAACCACCAUGGAUGUAACUUUCAAAGGCUUCUUCAUUCCCAAGGGAAUGUACAUACUUCCCUUGCUGACUUCUGUGCUCCGUGAUGAAUCUCAGUGGGAGAAACCUCAUGAAUUCUAUCCUGAGCAUUUUCUUGAUUCUAAAGGAAAAUUUGUGAAGAGGGAUGCAUUCAUGCCAUUUUCUGCAG